AUGUUAUUCAAAUCAGUCAUAUUGGUUUUGGGCAUUUUACUCAGUUCGCAAGCAGAAGAAUACAGUGAUUGCAGUGUCUUUGCCAAGUACCUUGCCAGUGAAAAAUAUUGUGCUUAUAAUCCCGAUACAUAUUUAGAUGUGUUUUUCGUAUAUUUCCAUUUUGUUUUAGGUUUUCUGCUUGCCGAUAAGGGUUAUGAUGUCUGGUUGGGGAAUGCAAGAGGUAAUGUUUAUUCGAAAGGACACAUUUCGAUUCCUGUAACAGAUUCAAAUUUCUGGAAUUUCAGUUUCAACGAAAUGGGUACUAAAGAUUUACCAGCUGCUAUGUAUUAUAUUAGCAAUUCGACAAACAAACCUGGAGAAAUCAUCUACGUGGGUCACUCAAUGGGCACCACAAUGUUCUUCGUAUUUGCUUCACUAAAACAGCAGGCAGCAAAAAAUGUGAAAAUCAUGGUUGGGUUGGCACCAGUAGCUUAUGUUUCUCGCAUGAAAUCUCCCAUCAGAUAUUUGGCACCUUUUUCAAAUGAUUUUGAGUGGUUGACGAAAUAUUUGGGGAUUGAUCAGUUUUUACCUAAUAACAAAAUACUCAAACUGCUGUCUUUCCAAUGCGAAAUAUUUAAAAUCGACAAAAGUAUUUGUGAAAACAUUAUAUUUGCUAUUUGCGGAUUCGACAAAGAUGGAUUCAACCAGGACAUUCUUCCCGUAGUGUUGAACAAGGAUCCUGCAGGCACAUCCACCAAAACAGUGAUACACUACGCCCAAGAAAUUAAAAACAAUGGUAAUUUUCAACAAUUUGACUAUGGAGAGGAAGGUAAUAUCAUUCAAUAUGGAUCCAAAAAUCCUCCGACCUAUAAUAUUACUAGUAUACGAAGACCGAUCUAUUUGAUGUACUCAAUGAAUGACUGGCUUGCUGAUGAAGUAGAUGUCCUUCGAUUGGCAAGUAAAAUCAAGAACUUGGUCGGGGCAUACAAAAUCAAAAGGAAUUCCUUUAACCACGUUGACUUUGUAUUUGGAAAAUAUGCUGAAGAACUGGUAUAUAUUCCUAUGCUCAAAGUCAUCCAAAAUUACACCGAAUUUUAAUAGUAAGGAGUUUCAAUACAAGUGAUUAUUAGUUUAUGCUAGGUAGAGAAAUAAAGUUGUUAUUUCUGAAAUGAAA